UGUCAGCACAGUUCCUCCCAUCUCCUCCGACUGACUGACAGGCAGAUAGCAGGAACAGAAAGUGUCGGCAGCUGCCUUCAUCGACCACUCUCAUCUUUUACACACCGUUGAACACAGUGGCGAAUCGACAAAAUGAACGCUCCGCUCCUGUUUCGGCUUCUACUGACAGCAGCUUCGAUGUGGAUGUUUGGUUCGUGCCAGGACCUGCAACAAGUCGCUUACCCCGCGAUCAGCAGCACUGAGAGUAUUGAAUGUGACUGUGGUAAACUCAGCUGUGACAAUGUCUACUGGUUCCGAACUGUUCCCAGCGAGAGCAAAGCAGAGUUUAUUGGCAGAUCCAACAACGCUGACCGUUCUAACCACGGGCCUUCGUACGAGGCAGACAAACAUCGCUUCAAGUUAAGCAAGAGGGGCAGCUCGACCUUUGUCCUGCGCAUCAUCAAUGUGACCAAAGCGGACGCAGGGAUUUACUCGUGCAUCGUAACGGCCUCUAAAGAGAUGACGUUUAAUCCUGGGGUUGUUUUUCGGCCAGGAGAGACCCGUCCAACUUUGCCUCCAGUCACGAAGCCGAAACCCAAACCCGUCUGUCCCUGCUCUUCGAAGAACCGGCCUCAGGAUGGCUGUGACUCCCUGAUUUUUUGGCCGCUCGUCGGAGUCGUUUCGGGCUUGGGUCUGGGUCUUCUCUGCACGCUGUAUUAUUUCAACCGACUGCCCAAAAAAUGUCGCCACCACUUUGUGAAGAAGAGGCUGAUGAACUAGAGAAAUUCAUUUUCUGCUUUUCUUAAACCUUAAGUGCAGCAUUUGAGAUCGCUUUACUGCAGCUCUUCAUCAUUUGGAGAUGAGCUGAGCAGCUUGAAGCACCCUGAAGAUCUUCUUUGCUAAAAGCAAUUACCUUUAAAUGGAGAACAUGUCCACAGCCGGAGGCAGGACAGUGUUGUAUUAUAUUGCCAAAUAUUAAGAAAUCACUGCUGUAUAUUUCAUAAGCCAGGCAGAUUCUUUUAGAUAGAUUAUUUUCAUGUGUCACUGUUUAAUGUGUUUAUCAUUUAGCCAUUUUACCUUGAACUAAAAAAAAAAAAUUCUCUGUAUUAUUGUUCCUUUUUUUUUUGACAAAAAGACAGUCAUUUCCAGUUAAAAACAAAUCAGCCGGACAUCUUCUGCAAACGUACGCUCAUUCUCUGUAUCGUUUUCGCCUUUUUGUAUUUAUUUGUUUGCGUCACGUCACUUCAGAACAUGCUGCGUGUUCGCAACUGGGUCCCAGAGAUGAAAACACACGUUUUUGUUCGCAGUUGAAAUGAAUAAAUUUCUGCUUUCCCACCUCA